AUGUUGCCCAAGGAGCAACGGAGUACGGCCGGAUCCAUUCUUGAAUUCACCUCCCACCUUGAAACCGUCGUCAACCCAGGAGUGACCGUCUCAGCUGAAGAGUUUCCUGACAUUUCAAUCUACUUGGAAGCCCUCCCUCUCCCACGCAAAGCGCUCACUCCAGGCCAGCGGACAGAGUUCGAUCGCAGAGGUGUUGCUCUCUGGAACACAUGCUGCAGACUGAGUCGGGGCGAAGGAUGUCCGCAGCUGCCCGUCAACCUGGCCAGGGGUGAUUAUCAUCAACCUCCCAGAUGUCCACAUCUGACCGAUGCCCCAGCCAACAUCGACUAUUUCAAAUCGCACUCAGAGCUAGCAGAAGCUGUCUUGGUAGGGUACUCUGGGCUGUUGGUAUCACUUUGCCUGACAAUCAUCCUCUCGGUAGAUGCUGGCCUGGUUGACCUCGCCUCCAAGGUCAUUGAACAGCUGGCUGUCAAAUCGGAAGAUCUCCUUCAAAGAGCCAGUCACGAUGACCUCGAUAUCGAAAAACCGUUUGGCGGGCAUGAACUAAAGAAACAGGCGUGGAAACAAGGGCGAAUAGAGCUAGCCGAGCAUUUCUACAGCCAAUUCGAGGCAUCCAAAUCUCAGUUGGAUUCCGUUCGGAUUGGACAAGCACUUGACCUAUGCUACGAGAUGGGCAACGAUCAGCUCGCAGUGCGGGCUCUUUUAGCACUUGAGGAGGGGGAAGCCGGACAGGAGGCUUUUCAACUCCUCCAGGUCCUUCGAGAGGAGUACGGCCACAGGCUUCCCGUCAUCCUGCUACAAUUAGAGGUCGCUGCAAAAGACUCAUGUACCAAUGCGGACGCCUUCUCAGCUAAUUUAUUGAGCGUUGUCCGAUCGGCUCACCUGAUCCACUCAAAUCAUAAGCUUACCGCACACGCAAUCCGAGUAUUGGAGUCGUACAUUGUCUUGAGACUUGCUUCAAGCGACGAACACGAAUGGACUGAAAAGGCCAUCAUCACAUUGAUCUGGCUCAUAACAGCAGAAAGCGAGGGCCAGAGCAGCGUCGACAUGCUGUCCCUUCAAGGGACAUUCGAGAAGAUCUACCGAGCCUGGAAUAAAGCUCUCAGUGCAGAGGCUACCCAUGGUGCAUUGAUUCUUUUCUGGAAGCGGAUCGAGCAUACCUUCGACCACGGAUUGAAAGAGAUCACUAUUAAAUGGUGCCGGGUUGCAUUGCAUCAACUGUUUAGCAAAGCUGGAGAUCAGAACGUGGGCAAAAUUGAAAGGAGAAUAGUCAAAUGUCAGAUCGAUCUCCGCGACUUUGAAGCUGCUUUUGCAGCCCUCGAAACGAUGUCGCCAGCGAGAAAACAGCAUCCCCUUUCUCGAUACCUGCGAUACUGUCUGGCUCUGCGGCGUGGGGACGAAGCUGACGCGAGAUCAACACUGGCCUCUCUCGCCACGGUCCAUGAUGACCGGAACAAGCUCUUGUUUGCCGCCGUUGCAGAAGCAACGCAAUAUGGUAGCAAAUUACAGGGGGCGCAACUCCUCCAGCGCAUUCUGGACAAAUACAAAGACAAUCUGCCACCGGAAAUAGAUGCAUCUGCCCUUCUGAGACCAGCGGUGUCCUUUACGCAAAAGCGACAGCUUAGCGAAGAAACGACCAUGGAACAUCAACUACAAGAAAGCAGGUGGUUGGAGAAGACCAGCUACAACACUGCCGUGCAAUACCUCCAGUCAUGGCCGACGAAAUAUGUCAUUGACCUUUUGCAUUAUUCGUGCCAGAUGCACUUGCCCACGCAUGCUCCAAGCCAGGUUCAAUAUCAGAAGCACAUCCACGAGACUGGUGCAAAGUACAUCCAAGCGAUCUUGUACACUGUCCAGGCGAGGUCGGCAGCUACGUUGUCGACAGAAGAAGACAUUCCUAAGACGGCUUAUUCGGGAAAGGCACCACCACAUUCGCCGAUAGAAAUCAAGUCUACUUUGUACAGAAAUGUCUUUGCCAAGUACUCGGAAAUUCGAAAUCAUCUGAACGCCUUACGUGAGGGCUCCAGUACAGGCCUCAUCGAGCAGGAGGUUCUCGAGGGGAUCACGCAGAAACUCAUUGUCUUGACACCCCUGGCGUUCGAAGCACUGCUCUUCCUCGUGGGUACCAGUACCGCAGAUGUUUCUGGCCCAACCCCGGUUCAACACGAUUUCUCGCUUUCUGAAAUGGUGGACCAAAUGGUACUCCUAAACCCGCCGCAGAAGACGUACUCGCUUUUCGCCGGCAUGAUCCUCUCCGCCUCCAUGAGCGGCCUCGAGUCUACCGAGCCGUCCCAGCCGUCCGGGCCAGAGUCUUCGACUCCACCUGUGCCACUGCCAGUCUCGACAACGACGAAUCUGCUCGCGAAGUUGAUAUCCGGGUUGCGAAACCACUCGGAUUACGACAGCAACCGGGCUGCGAGAUGGAUGAGGUGUAUGGUUCAAAUCGUUCUCGACCGCCGGCGAGAUUCGCGACCCCAAAAUCAGUGUCAGUCCGAGUCCGAAGCCGAGUCCGAGCAGCAACAACAACAACAAAACGGCCGCCGCCGGACCGAGGAGAAGAAUCUGAGCACCGUGGUGAGAAUCACCGAGCAUGCCCUGGAUCUGGCAACGUCCGCUGCUUCUCCUGCUGCCGCCGGCGGGAAUGACUACCCGCCGGAAGAACUGGAGUGGCUGGCCGUCACGCUAUUCAAUCUCGCCAUCGAUCUCUACGCGUCACCACUACCACUACCGGCGGCGUCAGGAUCAGCCUCGGACUCUGCACCAGCCGACCACGACGAGCAUAUCCCGGAACACAAAAACAACAAAAACAAGAACAAAAAUCAAGGCAGCAGCAGCAGCAGCAGUAGCAGUGGUGAGAUGGUUACGCUGCCGCAGUUCUGGGCGAGGAAAGCCGUGGCCGUCGCGGACGUCCUUGCCAUGAUGAAUACCGCGACCGCAGGAGCCGGAGCCGGAGCCGGAGACAGCGACGCUGGAGCCCUCGCAACAGUCCUCCGAGAAAGAUGCCAGAGACUGCACUGGGACGUGUGA